AUGUAUUUAUUAGAUCAGAGCAAUUGUGACUGGUGGUAUGUACGUCAUCAGCGCACCGGAAAUACGGGAUAUGUACCGAGAAAUUUUGUAGCCAAACAACAAACAAUUGAGAGCGAAGAAUGGUAUGCUGGGAAGAUUCCACGAAAUCGAGCUGAGCGACUUGUGUUAGCCAACAACUUGCCAAAAGGAACGUUUUUGAUCCGUGAGCGCGAAGCUGAUGGAAGGGAGUUUGCUUUAACUAUAAGGGAUUCGGACGAUAUUCGAGGAGGAUCGGUAAAACACUACAAGAUCAAGCGACUCGACCAUGAUCAGGGCUUCUUCAUCACCACUCGAAGAACUUUCCGCACAUUACAGGAACUUGUUGCUUAUUAUUCUGAAAUGGCUGAUGGCUUGUGCUGUCAAUUAACAUUCCCUGCUCCUCGAAUUGCACCAACCCGUCCCGAUCUCAGUCACGAUACUCAACAAAACUGGGAGAUUCCAAGGAAUCAGUUACAGUUGAAGAGGAAGCUCGGCGACGGUAAUUUUGGCGAGGUAUGGUAUGGCAAAUGGCGUGGAAUUGUGGAGGUGGCAAUAAAGACAAUGAAGCCUGGAACAAUGUCACCGGAGGCAUUUUUGGGCGAAGCGCAAAUAAUGAAGCAGUGUGAUCAUCCAAACCUUGUCAAGUUGUACGCGGUUUGCACACGUGAAGAGCCGUUUUACAUCAUCACUGAAUACAUGUGUAAUGGCUCCCUCUUGCACUACCUUCGAAACGAAGGCGCUGCUCUUGGAAUCCAGGCGUUGGUAGAUAUGGCAGCUCAGAUCGCUAAUGGAAUGAUGUAUCUGGAGGAAAGGAAAUUGGUCCACCGCGAUUUAGCCGCUAGGAAUGUCCUAGUUGGAGAGAAAAUCAGUGGUGUUCCUGUGGUCAAGGUAGCCGAUUUUGGUCUAGCGCGUAAAUUGAUGGAAGAAGACAUCUACGAAGCUCGGACUGGAGCGAAAUUCCCGAUUAAAUGGACGGCACCUGAAGCGGCUACCUGUGGUAACUUCACAGUGAAAAGUGAUGUCUGGUCAUACGGCAUAUUGUUGUACGAAAUAAUGACAAAGGGACAGGUACCAUAUCCAGGUAUGCACAAUCGAGAGGUUGUGGAGCAAGUGGACAUUGGCUAUCGUAUGCCAAUGCCUCGCGGUUGCCCUGAGCAAAUCUAUAACGAGGUUAUGCUGAAGUGUUGGGAUAAGGUUCCGGAGCGGCGGCCGACAUUCGACCAUCUGUUCCACUUCUUCGACGAUUAUUUUGUUUCAUCACAGCCGAAUUACGUUCCUCCCAGUGUUUAG